AGUCAAGGCAAGGGGAGUGGAAACUGACCCAAGAGAAGAGGCAGGAUAACAUCUUGCUCUGGGCUCCCAUCAAUUCCCCGCGAUGAUCCACCAGUUCUGGGCCCAUCUCCUUUACCUGUACUGGACCCUCCAAAACAGCAUUUCCAGGUGUCCGGGACCCACCCCGCUGGUCAUCCCUGGCCCACAUGGAGAAGAGUUUCCAAGGACCUAUUUGGGAUACUGGCACUUCAUCGCCGGGUCGGCGCCCACCCCGGACCAGCUGGCGACCUUCGACCCCGUGGACAAUAUCCUCUUCCACCUGGUCCCCGGCUCCACACCCCUAGAGCUGUACCUCCGUGCCGCCAUUCGCAUGAAGAGUGGACUCUGCGUCCCCCGAGAGUGGACCUACCUCCUGGCCAAGGGAACCACCAAUCUCAGGAUUCAAGGCCGUCCGGAUAUGAAGACAGAGCUGUUCUCCGCCCCCUGUGCCGAGAGCAUCAUCCUGAAGGAGACGGGGCAGGAUUUCGAGCGGUUCCUCAUGUACUCCCGGUCCCCGGCUCCCCCGGCCCGCUGCGUGAAUGAUUUCCAGGCCCUAGUCUCCUGCUGGAACUUCACCCUCCUGCAGACCCCCCGCCAGCAAGGUGCCUGCGUGUUGACCAGCAGUUGAGCAGCCUCUCCUGGAUGGGGGGGCGGGGGUGUGAUCCAUCAGGCCCGAGAAGACCUAACUUCCCUCAAGGAACAAUAAAAAGGAUUUUCUGGA